AUGGUUCAUCGUAAUGUUAAUGCCUUUUUUGUGGUCUUGUUUGCCUUAAUUGCGUACUACUUGGCCUUUUACAGUCAUCUCGAACCAAUUGAAGAGCCACGUAUUUCUGAAUCUGAAAAGUCCAUCCAAUCAAAAGAGGAUUUUGUAAAGGAAGCCAAUAUUACCCAUAACCAAUUCUGUUACUUGGACACCAAAUCCUCCUUAGUGGAAUUUAACAAGACUUCUUACUAUGAAGCCAUUGCCUUAGCUGAGGGUGCUGAACUCUUAACUAACUGGGCGCUCUGCUCACCUUGUGAUGAAGGAACUUGCAUAGAAACUACACCUGACACCAAACUCGUAGUUGAAACUGAAUCGUUAUGGACUGAAUACGAUGAACUGAGAGACUACUGUGAGGAAAGACAUGCAAAUGCCUUAAAGAGAUUGCAAGAGUUAGUAGACCUGAGAUCUACCCUAACUGCUCCUGUAGCCUAG